CUGAAGCAGGGAGCCAUGAUUACACUGGGUGAUUCAUAUUAUUUACGUUAUAAUAACCCUAUAGAGGCCGAGCAAAUGCGUAGCGCCAUGGGUAAUCGAAUGUUGGUUGGCGGGGAAUUCGAAGAAAAAGAUGAAACGGCAAUGUUGGAUUAUUUCUAUGAAACGAAUAUCAAUCCCAUGAGGAGACGUAAAUCACAGGAUGAGGGUAAUGGUGGAGGUGGUUGGGAUAAAACUUACAAUAAUCUCAAGCCAUUGGAUAUUAAUGGCUGGCAAUGUCCCAAGGUAUUUAGUGCGGAUUUGGUAACCGUCAAUAUGCCGGCGAAAGAUGUGUUGGGCCAGAAAUAUGCCAAUUUUGCCAAGAACUUGGCGGAAAAUCAUCGCAAAGAUAAGAAUAUCAAUACGAAACACAGUGAAGAGCUGUUUAACAAUGUUCCGCAGCAGGCUGGUAUCAGACUUAAUGAUAGUAUGGAAUUUUUAUCGAAAGUACAAAACACCUCGACUCCACAAAAAUCGAAUGCGGGAGAGAAGGGGACAUCGUUUGAUAGCAGUGAUUAUUUGGAAGAUAUGUUGAAAAUUUGUACGGAAUAUGCUGAACGUCAAGAACGUAGUAGUGGUAGUUUAAGUUCCUCACCCAUUGUCCAGAACCGCAUUAAAACCAAUGGUUCCUUGCCCCGGGAGAAAAAGUCACCAUUUCCCAAAACCAGCAAUGAGUUGGUGAUGGGUUCGCCUCAGGCCAAAUCAAGUGGUUAUGAAAAUGUAAGGAUUGUGGCUCAAGAAUCCACUGGAGGAGGAGGUUAUGAAAAUGUACGCUAUGUGCCACAAAGUCCCCGGACCAAAAUACGUACCAAUUGCCUAUCAUCGCCCAAGAAAGAAAUGUCCGCACCCUUUGCAGGUCAGGAGGAGAAGACCGCCACCUUGAAUUAUGAGGAUUUGAUAAAGAAUUUUGAAGAAAAAUUCCAAAAAGAGAUCGAGGCCAUUGAGCAAAGUUCUAGAAAUGUAAGCAAGACCCUGUCGGCCAAUAACACACCCUUGGGUUCCCGUAGGACUAAUAAAAAUAUUAAUAAUCUAACAAUUGAUAUCAAAUCCUUGGUAUCACCGCACAAUUCCCCCAAAUUGGCGAAGAAAGCACCCACCCCAGCGCCCCGGAAUUUAAUGAAACCUCCCACCAAACCCAGCUCCAAUUCCCGGGGAAGUUUAAAUAGUUUAAAAAAUAAAAAUCCAGAGCAAGAGAAAUUACAUAACGAAAGGGAGGAUCUGCUGAGACGUUUAAAUCACCUCAAGGAGGAGAUAUCCGUUUUGCAACAACAAGACAAUGAGGCCUUGAUUGAAAUGGAUAUGGAAAAUGCCUUGGUUUUGGGGGAACUGCAAUCCUUGAAUGAGACUAAACAUCGCUUGGAAAAGGAAUAUAAGUCACUACAGCAGAGGGUGCAUCGCCUAGAGGCCCAGCGUAAUGCCACCCGUGUUAUGGAAGAAAAUCAACAGGCCAAAUUGAAGCAAUCGAUUGAAAUGAAAGAAGAUCAGAUGGCAAAGCUGAAGGAAAUGCUGAAGCAGAAACCUGAUAAUCCAUGCCUGAAAGAGGAAUUGUCCAAUGUCUGUGAAAGUUUGGAAAAUGAUCGACGGGCCUUUGAAGAUUUGGAAUUUCAAUAUUUGGAAGGUGAAUCCGAUUGGCAGGCUCAGUGUGAGGAGUUACACGAGCAGGAGAGUGAUUUGCAGAAACAAAUUGACCACACCAAGAAGGCCAUUGAAAAUAUACACCAACAACAAGAAACAACCACAACAACCUCAUCGGAGUCACAAACCCAGCUAAGGAAACGUUUGGUCCAGUUGCUUAGCGAUCUGCAGGAUUGUGAGCAGAAAUUUAAGGAUCUAGAAGAGAAGUUGGCGGUACAACUGGCCACCAACCAGAAAUCCAGCAGCGGUGGGGGUUCUACACAUUCCAUUAUGUCACAAUCAUUGUUUGGUUCAACGGAAAUUUUGUCUUCCAAGCGGCGGGAACCCAACGCUGCGAACAAUGAGGACCUUAUGUCCAAAUCGUUUAAUGAAAAUAUGUUCUACAAUAAUAAAAUUGAGAUACCACAAAAUUCGCUGAGAAUGUUAAAUCGAAGCAGCCGGGAGAUGUCACAAGAAAGUGUGGUGGUGGUGGAUCGGGAUGAAGUGGAUGAGGUAAAAUCGUCAAAAGAGGCCUCGAAUAAAAUCCUGGAAUCUAUAAAGGAAAUUGAACGCAAUCGCAAGUUAUUGGCCUCGAAGCAAGAACAGAGGGCCUUGGAAAAGGAGCGGGAAAAAAUCGAAGAGAUACUUAAGGCCUUGAAUAACGAGCCACAAAAGUACUUAACUGUGAGAGGGGGAGGGGGAGAUGUUCCAAAUAAUUCGUUCAAAGAAAAUAAAGAAAAUCUAAAACAAAAAAGAUUAUCAAUUGGCACCAUAGAAAGGCAGGUUUCGGAACCACCGCAACAAAAAUCCUCGUUGCAGGCUGCCUUUGAAAAACAAAAUUCCGCCCCUAGCAAUUUUCAAAGACCAUUAUCCGAAUCAAAUUCCGAGACGGCCGAUGAUUUGUUAAUGACCCCCGGCCCCCAAAGGAAAUCGUUUGGGGAAAAUCCUUCUCUGAGGACCACAAGUCCCGAUAGCCCUCGAAGUACAAGUUUGGAAAAACGCAGCAGCAGUGUUUUAUCCUCCAAUGAGGGCGGAAGUGAGAAACGUAAGCUACAGCUGGGCAAACAUCAAAGGCCCCUCACGAGAUAUAUGCCCAUCUUCGCUCAAGAUUUAGAUUUAAGACGCCACAUCCACUCCGCUGGCCAUCAACUGGAUUUAUGUCCCCAUCUCCACAUUGAUGAGCUAUCCUGUCGCGGAUAUUUACAUAAAUUGGGUUCAACAUUCCAUACCUGGUCGAAACGAUGGUUUGUUUUCGAUCGCCAGCGUAAUGCAUUUAUCUAUUAUUCAGAUAAAAGUGAACGUAAGCCGCGGGGAGGGGCCUAUUUCUCCUCCAUCGAUGAGGUCUAUAUGGAUCAUUUAAAUGCCUCGAAAAGUAGUCGACCCCACUGCACCUUCAUUGUUAAGACCAAGAAAAGGAAAUAUUAUUUGCAGGCAGCCUCCGAUGCGGCGGCAAGGAUAUGGAUUGAUGUCAUUAUUACGGGGGCUCAAGGGAAUAUAGACUACUAG